AUGAAGACCCUUGCCCCAGGGGGAGAGCUGGAGGAGGCACAGACACAUACCGUGGCGGGAAAGGUUCGGGUGUGGCGUUCGUUUACGUGCGGGAGGUGUGUGGUUUCAUAUGACAUGGCUUGCAUUGGUCUCGGCUCGCGUGGAGCGUCGUCUACCCGCGACCCAUAUGUCCCCCUCAGGGUCGCUGAGGAAGAGUCGUGGGUUCUGGCAAAUGGAGGCGCGGGUAGCGUGGAUCGAAUCUUGAACCUUCUGGUCCCCGGCUGCCCGUUACGGGCCAAUUAUUUCAGGCCCGUCUCCCCUGGUCCGGCCAGGCGGCCGAGGGAUCCAGCAGCCAAGCGGCCCAGGGCUGGCUUUCUCAUCGAGCACAAAUGUGCCUGCUCCUUGAUCCACCGGUGUGAUUAGUGCCUGUCUUGCAUGGAGCUUGGGCUACUGGUCCUAGCUUUUCGGUGCUCGUGGUUGUGGCGUAAUCCCUGGGAAUAAAAAGGAAUAUGCCGGCUUGUUUCACCAACAACUAGAUUCUGGGGCCCCCAUCGCAAGUGGGGAAGCUUGAGAUGGGAGUGGGAAAGAGGAAUGGAGAAGGACCGAUGGUCUGAAUCGUCCGCCGCAUGUACGAUAUACGGGAGAGCAUGUUUCCGCAAUCAUCCGUAGUCUACCCGAGCCCUGGGCCCCGUGGUCCUAUCGAUACCAGCACCCUGGCUUCACAGCUUCAACCUCCCUGCUCGAAAAGCUGCAAUGUCC